AUGGAGUACAGGGACGACCAUCUGGACCCCUCGGCAAAGAUUUUUGUUGUGGCAGUGGAUGGAAUCGAUCUGAACCAGCUACAGGAACGCGGCCUAUUCGGUGAAGUAAACGACUUGGAGAAACGAAGAGACGGGUACAAACCGAAAAUGGACACUGUGUUUGAGACUGUCAAGCGGCUUAUCGAACAGAAAGUCAAACUCACGGGGAAGCGCCCACAUUUUCACUCGCAUGCUGGACGACCUUCAAGCCUUCUCUGCAUAGGGAUGAUGUUCCAGUGCUUAUUCAACCCACAUCACUGGGUCAAUAACGAACUUAUUGAGGUGACAUCAAGUAGAAUGACUUAUCAGUCGACGGACUCCACUACUCCUUAUCGCAACACUGCAAAGACCCCAAGCACCCUAUCAUUCUCAAAAACCCGUGCGGUUGCUGCGGGAGUGACAAAAGGCUGGAAUAUCGGUGGAAAGAUAGGAGGGUCAGGGAUGGGUGCCUCGUUGGAGGUGUCCGCUGGGUAUUCGAAUACCAAAACCAAAACAACGACAGACACAAAAUCUGUCUCAUACACCAUGACAUGCCCUCCAGCUCACGAAUGCACUUUGCGAACAUUGACUUUCACUGCUCAUUUGAAAGGCAAAUGCAGGCGGGAAGCAAAGCGCUAUUGUCUUGGACAACGCGAUGCGUGUGCCCGCGGUGUUGAUAGCUAUUGCACAGGUGGCAUUCAAGCAUUUUGCCCUGGAGGAAGGGAGCCUCGCGUGGCUGAUUGUCAGGUGUCAUUCCCAGUUGUGGAUGGACGAAACAAGCUCGUUUCCACUACUGUUGCUGUGCAGAUCCCUCUGAAAAAGUAG